AUGAAGGCGGAGGCUAGCAAGACCCAACGACACAAGGAUGCGCAAUUGAUUGGGAGCCUCGCUCCAGAGCAACUGUCAUACUUCAGCGGUUUUGGUACGGAUUUGUGUCGGCUUGGAGAAGCCAUUUUGACACACCAUAUCCAGGACCUUUUGGACCAGCGAAGAAUCUACGACGACCAAUCCUCACGUAGUGCGUCUGAUAUGAUGACGGCGGGGAUCUUAGCAGAGUUAAAAACUCCAAUAGCCGGCUCCACAGCUUUGGACGGAUACCAACCCGUAGCUACCAUUCUUGAGCAUCACCCGAUGCAGAGCGCGUCCAGUAGGGUCACCACGGAUUUCACUGGUGAUAUUUUCUGCGGCCAAUACACAGGGAUUGGCGACUGGCUUCUGAAAGAUUGGGACUGGAAUAGUGCUAUAGCUUGGUAA